GCGCGAGGCCAGUUCGAGAACGCGACCCUAACAUUAACAUCCGGUAUAUUUCGAGAGACGGAAACGGAAACGAAUUAACUCGAUUACGUACAAAUAAAAAAAAAAAAAAAAAAAAAAAAAGAAAAAAUAAAAUAAAAAUAAUGAAGAUUGUCUUGCUGCUCAUUGCUGUUGCGGCCUUCGCCUCAGCUCAAAGAAUUACAACAAUCCAGUUAGAUGGCGUGCAAUAUUUUGUGUCGCGAAUGAAUCCCUACAGUCCUGAAUUGAAUUAUUUUUUGGCAUAUCAAUAUUGUCGAUCAUUGGGACUUCAAUUAGUAUCAUUUGAGACAAAAGAAAAGGCAGAUACAAUGACGGAAUAUUUAAAAAAUGCCGGCUAUACAAAUUACGAUUUUUGGACAUCUGGAAAUAAAAUAGGAACAAAUAUGUUCUUAUGGAUGAGUACUGGUAUUCCUUUCAACGCAAGUUUCAGCUACAUUACAGAACAAUCAGGAAGCAUACCAAUUGAAGUUCCACCUGGCACCGAACCACAAAGGGUAGCCCGUGAGAGGUAUAUAACAAAAGAAAAUUCAUUUACUCAUCCACUUCAUUCAACUUUUAAAAACAGUGGUAACAUUGGAAGUUCAGACAGCUGUGUUGCCAUGACAAAACCAAACUUAGAAUGGAUGGCACAAGAUUGCUCUUUUGUCAAAGACUUUAUCUGCGAACAGACGCGAUGCUACUACUACAAUUAUGGCAGUAUUCCAGUAUCGGCGACACAGGGAAAUCGUAAGCCCUACAUCGCUAGCACCGCCGCGCCUACCGUAACCCAUCAGGAGGAUGAUCAACACACAAAACAAUUAAAUCAUGACGAUGAGCAACGAGCCUCUUCUUCGGCGACAUCAUCGCCCAAAAGAUCACACGAGGAUAAUCCUAUUAAUAGAAUUUCAUCAGCUCUUCCCGCUGUUCCACGACAUCACACCAUCAAUAACAAUCAAGUACGCGGUAACACCAGUCCAAUGAUCCUCGAGAAGAAUACAAGACCCGAUCAUAUUCCCGAUAUUACCAGCCUCUUCUCAAAUACUCCAUCACAAGUACAAAAGGAUUCCGCCUUCGAUGGACUCGAAACACAUGAGGUUCGCUCACUCUCGCGACCAAGUCCCAUUUUAAAUGUGGAACAUCGCGAGGAAUCAACGGAUUACGAUAAUGCCGAAACUGAAUUGCCAAAUAAUUCUCUAUUAGAUCCGCACACAGUUGGGCCCUAUAAUUCAAUGCAAGACUAUCAAUCGGAUCAGGCAAUUCAAUCAGAUCAAGGCGAAUUGGUGACAUCAGUGAAAGAUCAAGAAGAAGACUCCAGUACCAUUCUCCCAGAUGCGGAAACCGGCUAUAGGUACGCAAUAAAAGUGCGCAACAACGGCAAAGUAUUAAAUCCUCCGUCCAAGUAAUCUAAUUUAUCAUCAUUGUCAUCAUUUCAUCAUUUCAUCAUCAUUUCGAGUUUUCCAGACAGCAACUCAGCGUUUUUAUUCUCAAAUGAGAAACCUUUGAAAAACAAAUUACAACAAUUAAGCAAGUUGCUCAUAUGGUACCACUAAUGUCUAGUCUUUUUUUAUAUUCCAUUAUUUAGUAUCCUAAACCUAUCAACUGGCUCGUGAUCAUCGUCAAUCAAUAUCAAUUUCCACUCAUUCAUUCAAGAAAAAGACGUUAGUGGUGCCUAAAAAUGUCUUGGAGAGCGAGAUUGGCUUCAAAAAAAAAAAAGUUCAUCACAUUCACGCUAGAGAGAUUACUUUGAGUAAAAAAAAAAUUUACAAUUCUGAAUGUUUAGUCGUAAAUCUCGUAUCUAAACCAGAAAUUAAGUCUCUUUUUUUUUGUAUUAUAAAUUGCCUAGCGUUUAAUUUAAAAGAAUUCAAAAUUCAGUGUCGCGAAAUCAGAAAUAAACCGGGUGGCGUCGACGGACACGAAUGUUCAUAUUAUAAUUUGAUUCAUUCGUUCAUUUUAUUUUGUAUUACUUGCUUGUGAAUUGUAAGUAAAUUGUAGACAUUAGUUUUUAUGAAAGCGUUUCGAAGUAUUAAACUUUAAUAAUUAUAUAGAUUAUUAGAAUUCGAAAUCUAAUAAAAUGUGGGGGUCCGCACGCGCCACACAUUCUUUAUAUUGAUACAAUUUUACAAGAAAAAAACAAGAAACGUUCGCGAAAUGUGAAAAAAGACUUUUUGCAAAAAAAAUCCAUUUCGUCUCAAAGAGGUUUUCUAACUUUUAAGUAUUUUUUUUUUAAUUCAACGGACAUGAAUGAAUAAUUUGUAUGAUUGAUCAUUAAUAAAGGAAUAGAUACAUUUUUAA